CUAUGAUGCUCCCAUGUGUGAAAGAGACAGAGAAGAUGGACGACAUAGACUCCAUAUUCAGUAGCUUGCUUGGAGAGAUGGAUCAUCUCUCUCAGAGUUUAAUGCCUGCAGAAGUGGGCCCUGACUCACAGACACACAGCACCUUCUCCAUUGGCUUCACAGACCUAAACGAGUCUCUUAAUGAACUGGAGGACCACGACCUGGAUGCUCUGGUGGCUGACCUCAGAUCAAAAUCAACCACCUCAGAUGGCCGACUCCCCGCAGAUCAACAGACCAGCAGCUGUGCAGCAGCCUCAGCAAUGGCUCGGGAACCUGAGCCAGCAGCUGCCCGUCCUCGACCAUCGAACUCUACCGAAUCCUCUGAAGGGCUGCAGAUGAGCGAACCCCAGACAAAGGCAGAGAAAAUUAAACUGGCUCUGGAGAAGCUGAAAGAAGCCAAAGUUAGGAAGUUGAUAGUCAAGGUGCUGAUGAGUGACGGCAGCUCCAAGACACUGAUGGUGGAUGAGAGACAGACUGUCCGAGAGGUUCUGGACAAGCUGUUUGAGAAGACACAUUGUGACUGCAGCAUCGACUGGAGCCUGUGUGAGACCAACCCUGAGCUGCAGAUUGAAAGAGAUUUUGAGGACCAUGAGCACUUAGUGGAGCCCCUGUCUGCGUGGACUCGCGUCAGUGAAAACCAAAUCUAUUUUGUGUCAAAACCUGAGAAGUAUGUGAUGUUCACUGACCCUCAAUUAUUUUACAUGUGGAAAAAGAAGAAAGCAUGUUUGAGUGGGAUUAAUGAGCAAGCCAAACAGCUCUUACUCAAGGAGCAUUUUGGAGGUUCCACUCUGAUUGUUCCUGAUCUUGAGGGCAAGCUGUACCUAAAAGAAGAUGGGAAAAAGCUUUGGAAACCUCUCUACUUCAUGCUCAGGGCCUCGGGCAUUUACUAUGUACCCAAGGGAAAGACAAAGGCUGUCAGUGAUCUCGCCUGCUUUCUUCAUUUUGAAAAAGUCAACAUCUACACCACCAAAAACUACAAACAGAAAUACAGAGCUCCCACCAACUUCUGCUUCAUGCUAAAGCAUCCCUGCCUCCAGAAAGAGUCACACUACAUGAAGUUCCUGUGCUGUGAUGACGAACACACACUGUUGCUUUGGGUGAACUCCAUCAGAAUAGCCAAGUAUGGGACUGUCCUGUUUAAGAACUACCAGGCUGCAAUGAAGAGAGCCUCCAGUUCGCAACCUCCCCACUCUGCUGCACACAAAGACAGAUACAACAGCCCAAAGCCAGAUCCGGCUCCACCCAAAACCACAAACGUGGAGGACUAUCCACAUGAGCCACCACCUGACUUCAUCCCUCCUCCUCCUCCUGGACAAACACACGUUUGAGACACAUCCUCCCCUCCCUUCAGCCUGGAUUAAGCCAGUUUUGCCUCCCUAUGCACAUGUCUGGACGAAUGUGCCAAUAAUAUGUUUUUAGUAAUGCGCUCCAGUGUAGCAGUAGCAUCACAUGAAUAUGAUGCAAUAGAUCACAUUUUAAAAGCUUUUACUUAUACCCAGACGUAUACAACGUAUACUUUCAUUCAGCUUUACGACACACAGACCACACACACUUAUGUCCACUGUUUCAAUGAGCUGUUUAUUAAAAAAAGACUGUACAUAAAUUUCAAUGAACACAUAAUAUGUACAAACUGAGAGGAGAAGACAAAUAUUAGUUUCUGUUCCCAUGAACAUUUAAGUUACUGAUUUUUUUUCCCCCCCACCCACGUUUCAUCAUUAAGAAAACACUCAUCAAAGAAAGGCGCCUUGACCUGUGAUGCCCUGAAAUGCGAGACGUUAAGUGGUAAACAUUACAAAGUCAUCAGUGGUUGUCUCAUGAUUUCUCUAUGAAAAAAGUAUAAAUUAAUCCGUUACAUACAAACUGCUAGCGGACGUUCCUCAGCAGUAUCCGACACACAAAGAACAAGUUGAAUGCGAAGCUAGAAAUACAUUAGGUAGAAAAAGUUGUUUUCUCACAAAAGAUUACCUCAUGAUGGAAAAAAUACAAUCAAGAAUGGGAUGUAGUGGCAAAUCAUUCACUGUAACGAUGAUUAGAGACUUUUCUUAGCUGAAUGAAUACUGUUGAUUUGAGUCAUUGUCUGUGUGGAAACCUGAAAAUGUUACCUCUGGAUAAUAAUCCCCUCGCAACACAUUAUCCAUUUCAAAAUAAAAGCAUGUGUUCAAUGCCCGUUAUUCCCAAAGUAUGUAUGAUUGUGUUUAUGUGGAUAGUUUAAAAAAAAAACAUUGAUUGUGGGAUAAGCUUCAAUGAUAUUUGACAGCAGGUU